GCCGGAUGCCGCGGCUGCGGGCGGGGCAAGCUGGUCGCUCCCUCCUCCCUCGAGAGCUGUUGGACCUGUUGUCCCCCCUCCACUUCCGGGCUGCUGGGAAGGGGGACAGAGCAGCCUCUCUCUCCUCCCUCUUGCCCAGCCACCUGUCUAGUGGGCAGAAACUGCAGCGCCGGAGCGCAGAAGGGAGCGCGCCGAAGCCUGAGCCGGGCCCCGCCUCUGGAGCGCUCUCUAGAGCUUUCGGGCGGGGCCCUGAGCCCUCCUGGGCCCCGCCCCCACGCUUCCGGGCCACGCCUCCCGAACUCCAGGCUCCGCCCAACAGACAGGAGUCCGCAGAGGCCAUGGGGACACGGAGCAGCCCGGACGAGGGGACCCCACCGCCCGCGGUCCCCGAGUGCGACGCGGAGGUCCGAGCUCAAGGGGCCGCCCAGCCCCGGGAGCUCCCCGAGGACUCCCGCGAGCAGGAGGUGCCCGAGGCCUCAGCAGAGCUUCCGAGAGGCCAAGGGGCUGAGCAGCAGGCGGAGGAAGAGGAAGAAGUGGGAGAAGGCAGCAGCACGGAGAGCAGCCGCGAUGCGGCGGAGGCUUCGCCUGCCGUUCAGAUCGCGGCCACGCCACCGGCAGCCUCUCAGGCUGGGGAAGGGGUGCGAGGGGCGGCUCGGCGGCUUCGAGCCCAGCAGUUGGAGGCACUGACUCGCGUGGCUUUGAUGGAGCAGCGAGUGAAGGAGCUACAGCGUCAGAGGAAGGAACUGAGGAUCCAGAUGGAGGUGGAGGUGACCCUGCUUCGGGGUGAACUGGCUGGGGAGCGAGUGGCCGUCUGGCGGGAGGAGGAGCAGCUCUGGGAGCUGCUGGGGCAGCAGGUGGACGCAGAGAAGGGCGGCCAAGAGGAGCGGGAACAGGAACAGAGGCACCUGAGCCAGGAGCGGGAUCGUGUGGAGGGUCUUCGCCAGAGACUCCGGGAGGCCCAGGGGCAGCUCGACUUGCAGCCAGAAGACCAGCGUAAGCGGCUUCUGCAGGGAGUGCAGGAGAUGAGGGAACAGCUGGAUGUGGCCCAGCAUGCUUACGAGGACCUGGAAUUCCAGCAGCUGGAGCGGGAGAGCCAGUGGGAGGAGGAGGAGUGGGACAGUCCCAGGGCCCGGGCGCUGGACCCCAAGGUCCAGGAACUCCAGGCCAGUGUGGUGCGGCACAGGCAGCGGAUCCAGGUCUUGGAGGAGCAGCUCAAGUCACUGCCGGAGCAGAUGGCAGCUGAGAGCCGGGGGCUGAGCCAGAAGAAGGAGGAGGCCCUUCAGGCCCUGACCCAGGAACGGAGCAGACUGCUUAAGCUUAAUUGCCUUCAGGGAACCCCUGGCAGGGACUUCUCUGAGCUCAACCAGGCCCUCACCAAGCUCCUGUUCACCCAGAAGACAGACCACCAGUUGCUGGUUCUCCAGGACCCCACUGCUCAUGCUGCCGCCGCCACCUCUUCCUGCCUCUUCUCCGUUCACAGCUCCCUCCAGGGCUCCAUUGGCCUCCAGAGGACUGGAAGCCUGCCCCGGAAGAGGGGAGAGAGAGUGAGCCAGAGGGCAUCCCCCCGGCCUCUGUCCUUCUCUUGUACUGGAGCCCUGGAGGCCUCGGCCCUCCCGCCAGCAGCCAGAGACUCCGGGAGACACCCCCUCUAUCAGCUGCUGAACUGUGGCCCCAGAAAUAGUUGUGGGGCCCUCCACCCGGACAUCGCCCACAUGGAACAGCUCCUGCAGCAAGCUGUGGCAGAGAGGGAGCGGCUGCUCCAGGCCAGGGAAGGGACAAGAAGGAGCACGGAAGGUGCCUCAGACCCCCCUGUACCUGCCAUCAUGGCCCCGCCCACAGCCCCAUCCCGCCCUCCUGGCCCUCGGGUCUUGGAUCUCCGGCAACACCUGGAACGCUGGGGCCACAACCCGGAAAGCUGCCCGCACAUACGGGUGUCCGGGGGCUACUGCCACGGACCCCUGGUGAAGAUGGGAGGCCGCAUCAAGACCUGGAGGAAGCGGUGGUUCUGCUUUGACCGCCAGGCCCGCCGCCUGGCCUACUACACGGACAAAGAAGAGACCAAGCUCAAAGGCGUCAUCUACUUCCAGGCCAUUGAGGAAGUCUACUACGACCACUUACGCUGUGCCUUCAAG